UCUUCCCAGAAAAUUCGACAUCAUUAUGAUGAUGAUCCGGCCACUGUUCGUUCUGUCAGUCAUCAGCGCUUGAAGAGCGUCAGCGCUAGACUUGCAUCAACCAUUGCUGCAAGGAAUAUUAUCAAUGCUAUACAGCGCCGUGAGAUUGUCCAUAGAUUGGAUAUCGGCAACAGUUCAAUGGGCGAUGAGGGUUGCGUACAGCUUUUCAACUUUCUAGACUCUCCUGCUGGUCGAACAUGCAAAAACAGCCUCACCGAGCUGUACCUCACAAGGAACGGUAUAGGUGGAAAGGGUCUACGUGCUGUAUCAAAGUUCAUCAGGGACAAUGAUGUGCUCAGGGAACUAUGUCUGUCCGGUAACCCAUUAUCGACCGAUGCGGACGUCAUCGCACAAUUUACCACUGCACUGAACAGCUCGAGACUGUGCACGCUCCAGCUGAUCCAUAACGGCACUCUCUCUGACACCUUCAUUCGCGCAUUCCUUCCCAGCCUCAACGCACGGUAUCUGCGUCAACUCGGCCUUUCUGCCACCAAUAUUACCCGCGUUGUGGUCCCUACCAUCAUUGAAUAUGUCGCGUCGCCGCGUUGCAGACUGGACCAAUUGCAGUGCAAUGCGAACAGCCUGACACUGCUCGGUGCACGUGAAAUCAUCAGCGCUAUAGAGCAUGAGAAUUACAGCCUUUUCAGGGUCAAUCUUGAUGACCUGCAUAUUGAUGAGUAUGAUGGCGAUGGCGAGGAGCGCACUCUUGCGUGGCAAGAGGGUUGGCAGAUUUUAAACAAUACAUCCCAGAGGAACUUGACGAAAAAAAUCCGGGUGAAAAAGCAAGCUGUCGCGCUGCUGCUGUACAGCCGUGCAUUGUUCCUUCGGUCGGGAAUGCGGGACCUACACGGCGGUGCUCUUCUUGACUUUGCUUCUGUUUCCGCCCUCAAUCGACUUUCCGCAGUUUCUGCGCCCUCGAUGUUCUUCCAACUGCCUGAGGAAAUACAGCAGGAAGUCAUCGCCUUACUAGCACCGGAUCUAUCUCACCGGCAGCGUAUCCGCGUUAUUGCAUUUGGCGCAGAUUUUCGCACUCUUCCACAACUGGAUGAACCACGUCUUGAACCAGCGAAUGCGGUACAUCUCCCGGCGUUCAUGCGAGCAAGUGUCAGCCGGCAGACUAGUGCCACCGCCAAAGUACCACAUGAAGGUUCGUGGAAACCUCCAGCGUGGUGGCAGUGUGCGUGCCCUGAGGAGAAGCGUAGAAAUUGCCGAACUCUCCACCGCUGGGAGAGAGAGAGGCGAGAUGUGUGGCUGACGCGUGUUGGAUGCGACGUUUGGGAACCUGAAUUUGCCAUGCGAGACGCACAACAUUGAUCGCGACUGGUUCGGACUCGUUUAUGCUCCUGGGACAUCAACGGUCGUAAGCGCACCAAUAUUUACGUAAUCUGUGUCUGUGCGUCUGCCAUCCAACUGCCGUCCUGUACGUCCUGGAAGUCUCAUGAUAUAUUUCUGCUCUACAGCUCUUGAAAUAAGCUGUGCGCUGCUGUGUUUCUCAUGUCAAGUACAUAAAUUUCAAGUUUGCUCUUCGCU